CUUAGCCAGUGCAGAUAAAAGAACAAGUGCUCUUCCAGAACCAAUCGCUGAGCCUGACACCUGUGUUCCAGGAGCAGAAGCAGUUAUGAUCUCCCCAGGAGCACCAGAUAUACCUGCCCCACUUGCCAACCUGAAGAUUCAACACACCAAGAUCUUCAUAAACAAUGAAUGGCAUGACUCAGUAAGUGGCAAAAAAUUUCCUGUACUUAAUCCAGCAACUGAAGAGGUAAUCUGCCAGGUAGAAGAAGGGGAUAAGGCAGAUGUGGACAAAGCCGUGAAGGCUGCAAGACAGGCUUUCCAGAUUGGCUCCCCAUGGCGCACCAUGGAUGCUUCAGAGAGAGGACGUCUACUAUACAAGCUUGCUGAGCUAAUUGAGAGGGAUCGUCUGCUGCUGGCAACAAUGGAGUCAAUUAAUGCUGGAAAAGUAUUUGCUAAUGCAUACUUGAUGGACUUAGGAGGCUGCAUAAAGGCACUACAGUACUGUGCAGGCUGGGCUGACAAGAUCCACGGUCAAACAAUACCAAGUGAUGGAAACCUUUUUACUUAUACAAGACACGAACCUAUCGGUGUAUGUGGCCAGAUCAUUCCUUGGAACUUCCCAUUGGUUAUGUUAAUCUGGAAGAUAGCGCCUGCCCUUAGCUGUGGAAACACAGUGAUUGUCAAGCCAGCAGAGCAAACUCCUCUCACUGCUCUUCAUGUGGCAUCUCUAAUCAAAGAGGCAGGGUUUCCUCCUGGAGUGGUGAACAUUGUUCCUGGUUAUGGGCCAACUGCAGGGGCAGCCAUCUCUUCUCACAUGGAUAUCGACAAAGUGGCCUUCACAGGAUCCACACAGGUGGGCAAGCUAAUCAAAGAGGCUGCUGGGAAAAGCAAUCUGAAGAGGGUCACCCUGGAGCUGGGGGGAAAGAGCCCUUGCAUUGUGUUUGCUGAUGCGGACUUGGACAGUGCCAUUGAAUUCGCACACCAAGGGUUGUUCUACCACCAAGGCCAGUGCUGUGUAGCUGCAUCCAGGCUUUUUGUGGAAGAAUCCAUUUAUGAUGAGUUUGUGAGAAGGAGUGUUGAAAGAGCUCAGAAGUAUGUUCUUGGAAAUCCUCUGGCCUCGGGAAUAAAUCAAGGCCCUCAGAUUGACAAGGAACAACAUGACAGAAUACUUGGACUCAUCGAGAGUGGAAAGAAAGAAGGGGCCAAACUGGAGUGUGGCGGUGGACGCUGGGGAAAUAAAGGGUUCUUCGUCCAACCCACGGUUUUCUCCAAUGUCACAGAUGAGAUGCGCAUUGCCAAGGAGGAGAUAUUUGGACCAGUUCAACAAAUUAUGAAGUUCAAAUCUAUAGAUGACGUGAUCAAGAGAGCAAAUAACACUACUUAUGGACUGGCAGCAGGCGUCUUCACAAAAGAUCUUGAUAAAGCCUUAACAGUAUCAUCUGCUCUGCAGGCUGGAGUUGUGUGGGUAAAUUGCUACAUGCUUUUAUCUGCUCAGUGCCCAUUUGGUGGAUUCAAGAUGUCUGGAAAUGGACGAGAACUGGGAGAAUAUGGUCUUCGUGAAUACACAGAGCUCAAAACAGUUGCAGUGAAAAUAUCUCAGAAGAACUCAUAAAGAAACGACAAGAAUAAAGAAAGUUUCUCCUUCAAGAGCUAACCACCUCCCACAGUCACUAAUGUAGUGAGACUUAAAUACAGACUUUUACUUUUCUUGAUUUUUUUAAACAUAAGCAAAUCAUUAGUAUUAAUGCUACACUUAGCAAACAUGUAGCUUAUUCUGAAAGAAUUAUUUGCCUUUCAAUGUAACCCCAGUUUCUAUACUAAAUAAAAGGAAUGGAAUUGGCUAUAAGACCCUUUUAGCUAUGUCAUUAUUAGAUGCUUUCCACUGUAAUAUUUAACUAGAAUCCUUGUUGGAGAGAAGAGGACCAGUAGUCAUUUAGUUUCUGUCCCUUAACAUACACACUAAUUACAGAGUAAAAGUUGCUCUGUUCCCAGUGGUUAUGUCCUUGGACUGUCUUGAAGUGUUUCCUAGAUUGUCGUGUCUCCUUUUCAAAUGAAAUCCCACCUGUAAUCUGAAUGUAACACAUAAUAAAGACAUCUUUGCAUGA